UUUUGGCCAAUUGACCCGAGGCAUGUUUGAGACCAGAGCCCGUAGGGGGAGCAUUGGAACGGAAUUCUUACUCUUCACGUCAUCUGAAAUCUGAAAAUUCGUCUUUCUAGAUCUCUAAAAUGUUUUUGAGAACUCUCACUCGAUCCUUGCGUUUAUAAUAAAUCCUCCAAUUUGAGGAAUUCAGAAUUAUAAAAAGGGAUUAUUCCGAAGAAAUGGGUGUUGAUACGUUUUGACUUUCAGAGUUUUAUUGAGGUUUUUAAUUCUUCCUCUCUUCGACCUGAUUCUUCCAUGGCUUCUCGACCUCAAUCGUUCGGUCAAGCGGAAAUUAACUGGGACAAGCUCGAUAAAACUAAAUUUUAUGUUGUAGGAGCUGGCCUGUUUACAGGGCUUACAGUGGCACUGUAUCCAGUCUCUGUUGUAAAAACAAGGCUACAGGUUGCUUCAAAAGAUUCUAUUGAGAGAAAUGCAUUUUCCAUUGUCAGAGGCAUACUGAAAACAGAUGGAAUUCCUGGUUUGUACAGAGGGUUUGGUACAGUCAUCACUGGUGCAAUCCCUGCCAGGAUUAUCUUUCUUACUGCCCUGGAGACUACAAAAGUGUCUGCCUUCAAGAUCGUUGAACCGUUUAAGCUUUCUGAACCAUCAGAGGCAGCCAUAGCAAAUGGGCUUGCUGGGAUGACAGCAUCAAUAUUUGCUCAGGCAGUGUUUGUUCCAAUAGAUUUGGUUAGCCAAAAGUUGAUGGUACAAGGAUAUUCAGGUUAUGCAACAUAUAAUGGGGGCCUGGAUGUUGCUCGUAAGAUUCUAAAAGCUGAAGGAAUUCGAGGAUUAUACAGAGGAUUUGGCCUAUCAGUUAUGACCUAUUCGCCAUCAAGUGCUGUGUGGUGGGCCAGUUAUGGCUCAAGCCAACGCUUCAUCUGGAGCAAGAUCCUAGGCUAUGAGACUGAACAAAAUAAGGAACGUGAUCCCAGCCUAAUGACGAUAGUGUUAGUUCAAGCAACAGGAGGAAUUUUCGCUGGUGCUGUGGCAUCCUGCAUCACUACACCAUUGGAUACCAUUAAGACUAGACUACAGGUGUUUUUUUUUUUCCUUUGUACUUUAAAGUUUUAUCCUUUUAAAGUCGAGGCUGUUUUGGUCUAAGUAGAAACGUAAAUUCUCAGAUUCUGUUAAUUUUUUUUAUCCUCUUCUCUCCAUAACCUUAAAGUUUGCAACUUUUUAUUAGGACUGAUGUGUGGAUUAACUGUAAACCCUUUCAUUGUACUGAUGUCUUGUUUCCAUUUGACCUGAUUCAUCUGAAAUCUGGAUGCUCAUAAUGAGCCACACCUCUCUCUCUCUCUCUCUCUCUCAUUUGUGUUGUUCAGAAUGCAAAGCUAUAUACAUAUGUCUAGGCUACCAGUUUCCUGGGAUGUGAUAAAGAUAAAUUUCAGGUUAGGUUUUAAAUAAAUGUCAUAUUCUCAUAAAUAAGAGAUUUAAAUGGAUCACCAACCCCAAUACUGAUGUAGGGGGGAUUCCUAGGUGACUAGGUUUCCUACAAGAUUAGCUAAGUAGGGUAAACUCAAGGGACUAGGGUUGGACAGGAUAAAUGAAGCUCAACAAACAAGAUUAACAUGCAAAAUAAAGUGAGACCAAUGAACAAAGUAACAAAGAGCAAUAAUAAUCUAGGAAGAAAAACACAUGAACUCACUCAAGUGUCAAGGGGGGACAUGGGGUAGGGAACAUAGCAGCAAACAAUAUUAGGUUAUGACACUAGUCUAUUAAGCACCAAAGAUAGAUAAAAAUACCAUAUUAUAUGCUCUAAAAUCAGUCAUACUUGUAAUAAGAAAAUCAACAGUAUCUAUGGUAAAACAGUGGUGCAAAUAAUGGUCAAACAAUGGGAUAAAAGGGGAGGGUUUUAAUGGAAGUUAAUGGAGUAAAUAAUGAGGGGGUAAUGGGGGAAUGGGAAGGUUCAUUCUAUACUUACCUUCUGCUCAGAUCUGAGAAUAAAAGAAAAACAACCCAGAUUUUGAAGAUGGUGUCCACUAGCAGUCCGAUUAUUGAAAGGAGAUCAGCAACAGCCCAGUUUUUGAAGUAAAGAAUAGCAGCAACCCAAUGUUGAAGAAAAGAUCAGCGGCAGUCCAACAUCAAAGGGGAGAUCAGCAGAAUCAGCAGCAGCAGUUCAAGUUAGUAACCAACAGUAGUUACAGUGAAAAAAAAAAGUAGAAGAAUGGGAGGAGGGAUGCGAGAGAAGAGAGAACCGAGAGAGAAGAAAGAGAGAAAGGCGAGAAGGAAAGAGGGAGGCCGAGAGUAAGAGAAUCGUAAGAGGGGGGGCGACAGCUCUUUGUGCUUUUGAUUCAAAUUCAUCAAUUGAAAAAUUAGAUGGCCAAUGGCCUUACAUAAGUAGUAAACUAGUUACUAAAAAAAAAAGGAAGGUAAAUCCUAGGGAAUAAUUCUCAGAAUAAAGAAGUUUCUAAAAAAAAAAAAAAA